AUGGCGUCGCAGCCUCUCGAUCCCGGAAAUUCCGGUCGUAAUGAUCCCGCUCUUCUCCGCCUUCCGUCGACCGUCCGACACCGCAUAUACUUGUUCCUUGGCGUGGCGCGCUGGGACGGCUGUCCGCUCCUGUUUGACCUCGACGGCCCCGUCUCACCGAGCGACCAGGUCACAUUCUAUGGCCUGUUGCUUUCUUGCCGGGCCGUCUACACCGAGGUAUCAGCAUUACUAUUUUCCUCCAACAGAUUCGUCAUCCACUACAGGAACAAGAGGUCGCUGCAGCCGCUGCGGAAUCUCACGCCCCCGUCGCUUGCGGCCCUGACUAGCCUCAAGGUAGUGCUCAACCAAGCCUCCUGCCACCAUCGAAGGGAAGCAGAGGCGUCCGGCGCAUGCUGCACCCGCGUCUCCGGCUGCUUUACACGUAAACCGAAGGGCGCUGGGGGGCACUGUUUGAUUCGAAGGCCCCACAAGAAUCUCCACGACACUCCACUUCAGAGCUCCGACCCGUCGGCGAGAUUGAUGCUUGAGGAAUGGCGUGCAACAGCUGUCUACUUGUCUUCCAACACCAAACUCGACGCCCUUGAGCUCUCAUUGGUCUGUGAUGUUGACCAGAAAGAAGUCGAGGCAGCGGAACACGUCGUUGCACCACUCCUACUCUUCCCGAAGCUCAAGGACUGCCAUGUUCGCCUUUGCAUCAGCCCAAAUAGCCACCUGCGCCAGCUCGCGCGGAAUGCAUCACGGCAAGCCAGCAGCAAUCCGGCUUUGGAGCCCGCAUCACCAACGUCGGGCUCUAGCCGCCUUCUUAUUACUCUUCCACGGGAGGUACGCAUUCGUAUCCUCGAAUACACUGACCUUGUAGCUCCGUUGAAAGAGGUCAUGUGGAACAGGCUGGGACUAGGCUAUCACUAUUUCUCUUCAGGAUGCUCCGCAUGGGAGGGGGUUCCUUGUCUUCCUCCUUACCACCAUGGAUGCCAAUACAGGGAUUGUCACGGUCAAGGAAUUAUCAAAGACGGGAUUGUGCGGUCGGACCAACUUCGAUCUAUCGGCUGUUUCUGCGGCGUCCGGCACGCCGCCUUCUCAUCCACCUGCAAGUGCUGGGCACCACCCACGCCUUUGUUUCUCAUAUGUUGGGACCUUUGCGAGGAUGCAAGAUUCGUUUUCUUUUCCGCGAACCGAUUUGUCGUUAGCGACUCUCUGGUAUCGGCCAACCCCUGGUUAGCUUACGAUGUUUCGUUCACCCCCGAUCCCAAAUGGCUGCUAGAGAACCGCAGCAACUACUCCUGGAUGGAGUGGUACAGACAGGCGCAACCUCCGCGAGCAUACCCAGCCCACCGUUUUGCCGCGACCAAGUUCUUGAGGGAGGUGGUCCCCGCCGACUACUUGGGCUAUCUCCGUUUCCUCGAACUGGUCUUCCCUCCAUACAAUCACGAGUGCUGGCCACAUGAUGGUCAUCCCGCUCUGCAGGACUGGAUUGAUACUGUCGAUUGGGUCAAGGAUAAGAUCAACGCGCCCGCCAUCACACUCCGCCUUGUCAUGGCCGGUUCGAGGAUGUGGCACCCCGCAUGUCCUGACGACCGUGGAGGACUAACUCGGGUGCAAGGAAUUGCAGUGCUGACCGGAUACAACCGCAUCCUGAAACCACUAGCUGUUCUCCGCGAGCACGGCCUCACUCGGUUCUACGCGGAUUUUGCAUGGCCUUGGAAAUGGACCAAUAGGGUGUAUGAGAGACUCAGGGCCGCGGAUGACCCCAACACCAUACUGUCUUGGUUAGAGGGACAGGAAACGCUGUUGAACGACCGCGCUGAGCGCCUCAUAUUGGGGGAGGACCAGCAUGAUAGGCUCCGUUCCAAUGAAGCCAAACCGGGACCAAGCCCUUGGAAGAUGCACUCCGGGCGUGAAUACUAG